UAUCUAUUUUAUUUUUCAUUUUUACUGAUUAAUAGAUCAAUUUCGACUAGUUCUUUGCUAUUUGGUUUGGCUCGCGUGAGUCAUGACUCGGCGAUGCUCGCAUUGUAGCAACAACGGCCACAACUCCCGCACGUGUCACACGCGCGGUGGAAGUGGCGGAGUUGGCUGCGGAGGAGUGAAACUGUUCGGCGUCCGUUUGACGGACGGUUCGAUAAUCAAGAAGAGUGCCAGUAUGGGAAAUUUGUCAUCAGCGCACUACCAUAGCUCCUCAUCAGCUGCCGCUUCGCCUAAUCCGGGCUCCCCUUCAUCGGAUCACAUCCGUGACUCGAACCACGACCAUGACGGGUACCUAUCUGAUGAGCCCACCGCACACACUUCUGCUAAUCCUCGCGGUGAGAGAAAGAAAGGUGUUCCAUGGACUGAAGAGGAACAUCGACUCUUUCUAAUUGGCCUCCAAAAACUAGGGAAAGGGGACUGGCGGGGGAUAGCUCGAAACUUUGUUGUAUCAAGAACACCAACUCAGGUAGCAAGUCAUGCCCAGAAGUAUUUCAUCCGUCAGAGUAAUGUUACUCGAAGAAAGAGACGUUCAAGCCUUUUCGACAUGGUUCCAAGUGAUAUGGCUACAGAUACACCUGCAGUCCCGGAAGAACAAGUUUUACUGCCAUCUCAUGUAGAAGAAGCAUAUAAUUCAAAUUCAACACCUUCAUUACAUCUCUCCCUCGGCUCUGAAUUUGAACACACAGAAACUGCAGCACAAGAAACAGUUAAUGUGACCGAAGAAACAAUGAUGGUAUCAAGUGGACUGGCACCUAUGGUCAAUGGUUUCAUCUCACCUUACACACCUGUUCCUUACGCAUUUUGGCCACCGAAUCCAGCCCCUCCGGAUGAAGGGAACGGCAUAGAGACAUCUAAACAUCAAGUACUGAAGCCAAUCCCAUUGUUUCCAAAGGAACCUGUCAAUGUAGACGAACUAGUCGGAAUGUCUCAUCUUAGUAUAGGAGAGAUUGCGAAUGGGCAUAUAGAGCCUUCACCGUUAUCCUUGCAACUGCUAGGAGAACCAUCAAGACAAUCUGCGUUUCAUGCAAAUGCAGCAGUUGUGGCCACAGACUUGAGUAAGGACAAAACCGGUGCUAUUCAAGCUGUCUGAAAAUGCAAGCCAAUGAUUCUAUCUUGUUUUGCUUAAAAAUCUUAAAUUUGCAUUACCAUAUGAUUAUUAUUUUUGAGGGUAGUAAGAAAUUUCUGGGUGUUUACAUUAUGGGUUAAGAUUAUUUAUGGGAAAUGUUUAUUCAUACUAACCGUAUACAAGCAAUAGUGCUAAUAAUCAAAAGGGUAAUGGUAGUGAAUGCUUUCGGUCUUAUAUCAUCAAGUCCCUUGUAUAUUAGGUACUUAGGUUUUACUUUUACACACUAUUGUUCUGGCCUAUUUCUCCCUUCUUUCCUUUGAAAUUUUUGCUUCUGUUUAACA